GUCAAUUUCUACAUCCAACGGUCAUGAUCACUCCACGGCUCGUGCUUAUCACUCUCCUCUUUCUUCUCACUUCACUGUCUCCCCCCCUCUCUCUCUCUCCAACUCUCUUUCUCCCUAACUCUUUCUGACUCUCUUUCUCUCUCUUGUCUACAAAAAUGGCUGAACCCACUUCUGAUCGUCUUCGCCUCCCAAUCUUAACUCGAUCUCUAUUUCGUCGAGAAGAUUUCUAACCUUCACAGAGUACAGAAUUUAUAUCUAACACAAAACUCAAACCUUUUUGCUUUCUUUUUCCAGUAUUUUCCAUUUUCUCAGCUCAAAUUCUGAGCUUCGACUUCGCAGUUUUUCUCAUCACAGAACGAGCUGUUUCAACCCUUUCUCUAGGGAUUGAACAAAUUUCAGCUUAAAGUUGCAAUCUUUACUCAAGUGUCAUUUCAUCAAGUUUUGUUUUUUUUUUUUUUUUUUUUUUUUUUUUGAUCGUGAUAUGAUCACCGAUAGCUAUUCGAAGAUGAUAUCCGAGAUUUCAAUGCGAUCGAUGCUCAAAAACGCCGAUUAUGGCGAAGAUUUGGGGAUGUUGAUUCGCGAGCAGAGGCGUCAACAGGAAUCGAGCGAGCGAGAGAAGGAGGUCAGCCUCUACCGGAGCGGCUCAGCUCCGCCAACCGUCGAGGGCUCGCUCAGCGCCGUCGGAGGAUUGUUCGACGCCUCGGCGGCGGCGGCGGCGCUCUCGAGCUUCAAGAAGAACAGCGGCAAAGGGUUCACCUCUGAGGAGGAGCUCCGCUCCGAUCCUGCCUAUGUGAAUUACUACUACUCCAAUGUGAAUCUCAACCCUAGGCUCCCUCCGCCGCUGAUUUCCAAGGAGGACUGGCGGUUUUCACAGCGGUUGCACGGCGGGAGCGGCGGCGCGUCGAGUCCGAAUAGGUCGUCGCUGUUCUCCGUUCAGCCGGGGAUUGGUGGGAAGGGGGAGAGCGAGGUUGAGUCGAGGAAAGGCGCCGUGGCGGAGUGGGGCGGCGACGGGUUGAUUGGGUUGCCCGGAUUGGGACUGGGGAGUAGGCAGAAGAGCAUUUCCGAGAUCAUUCAGGAUGAUUUAAAUCAUGCAAAAUCUGUUUCGAGGCAACCUUCUCGUCCAGCUAGUCGCAAUGCUUUUGAUGAGGGUGUUGAAACUUCAGAAGCCCAGUUUUCUCAUUUGCAUCAUGAUUUGGCAUCUAGGGAUGCUCUGCGCUCUGGUGGAAACAAGCAGGGUAUGUCUGCUGUCCAAAACGUUGGCUCCUCAGCUUCUCAUAGUUAUGCAUCUGCUUUGGGUGCUUCCUUAUCGAGAAGCACCACACCUGACCCUCAACUUGUAGCUAGGGCUCCCAGUCCUCGUAUUCCAACUGCUGGAGGAGGUAGGGCUACCCCUAUUGAUAGAAGAAGCGCCACUGGUCAAAACUCAUUCAAUGGCAUCUCACCCAAUCUCGGCGAGUCUGAAGAUCUAGUAGCUGCUUUAUCUGGCAUGAGCUUAUCAGCAAAUAAUAUGUUAGAUGAGGAGAAGCAUGCGCGGUCGCAAAUUCAGCACGAACUUGAUAAUCGCCGUAAUAUAUUCAAUAUGCAAAGUGAUCAGAAUCAUACCAAGCAGACUUCAUAUUUAACUAAAUCUGAUUCUGGGAAUUUUCAUGGACAUUCUUUUUCGCAAUCGGCUAAAGGAUCUUAUCAGAGUAUGGGUAAAAGCGGCGGGGUUGGAAUGGACUCCCCAACUCUUAAUGGCAGAGGGACCUCAUCUUCUCACUACCACAAUGUUGACAAUUCCAAUUCCUCGUUUCCAAACUACGGGUUGUAUGGUGUUAGUCCUCCAUCUCCAACUAUGAUCGGAAGUCCAAUGGGGAGUGGUAAUUUGCCUCCGUUAUUUGAAAGUGCUGCUGCUGCAUCUGGAAUGGGUGGCUUGGACUCUGGGGCAUUCGGAGGAGGUUUAGCUCUAGGACCAAGUAUGUUGGCAGUAGCAGCUGAAUUGCAGAAUGCUGGUAGAGUCGGAAAUCACUCUGGAGGGAUGCCCUUGAUGGACCCGCUAUAUCUUCAGUACUUGAGGUCAAAUGAGUAUGCUGCUGCACAGGCUGCGGCUCUUAAUGAUGCCACCAUGGAUAGGGAAGGCAUGGGUAACACGUAUAUGGACAUAUUUGGACUCCAGAAAGCUUACCUUGGUGCAUUGCUUUCACCUCAAAAAUCACAGUUUGCUGUUCCAUACAUGGGCAAGUCUAGCAGCUUGAAUCACGGGUAUUAUGGAAACCCUGCGUUUGGUCUUGGCAUGUCCUAUCCUGGAAGCCCGUUGGGUGGUCCGCUUCUUCCAAACUCACCCGUUGGUUCGGGCAGUCCGGUCAGGCACAGUGAGCGGAAUUUGCGCUACUCCUCUGGGAUGAGGAACAUGGCUGGUGGCCUCAUGGGAGGUUGGCAUGCAGAAGCUGGUGGAAACUUGGAUGAUGGUUUUCCAUCCUCUUUAUUGGAUGAGUUCAAAAGCAACAAAACUAAAUGUUUUGAACUUGCAGAAAUUGCAGGCCAUGUUGUUGAGUUCAGUGCGGAUCAGUAUGGAAGUCGCUUUAUUCAACAGAAACUCGAGACUGCCACAACGGAAGAAAAGAACAUGGUCUUCAAUGAAAUUAUGCCCCAAGCCCUUUCUCUAAUGACGGAUGUGUUUGGUAAUUAUGUGAUUCAGAAGUUUUUUGAGCAUGGAACUGCACCACAAAUAAGAGAACUAGCUGACCAGCUCACGGGACAUGUCCUCACCCUUAGCCUUCAAAUGUAUGGCUGUCGAGUGAUCCAGAAGGCUAUAGAAGUUGUUGAUCUGGACCAGCAGACCAAAAUGGUAGCAGAACUGGAUGGUCAGGUUAUGCGUUGCGUGCGUGAUCAGAAUGGGAAUCAUGUCAUCCAGAAGUGUAUUGAAUGUGUUCCUGAAGAUGCUAUCCAGUUCAUUGUUUCAACUUUUUAUGACCAAGUUGUCACACUAUCGACUCAUCCAUAUGGUUGUCGUGUUAUACAGAGAGUCUUGGAACACUGCCAUGACCCCAAAACUCAACGGAUAAUGAUGGAUGAGAUUUUGCAGUCUGUUUGCAUGUUGGCACAAGACCAAUACGGGAAUUAUGUUGUACAGCAUGUUCUGGAGCAUGGAAAGCCACAUGAGCGCACUGCUAUAAUAACAAAAUUGACUGGACAAAUAGUUCAAAUGAGCCAGCAGAAGUUUGCCUCAAAUGUGAUAGAGAAGUGUUUAACUUUUGGAACUCCUGUUGAACGCCAGAUCCUUGUGAAUGAAAUGCUUGGUUCCACUGAUGAAAAUGAGCCCCUUCAGGUGAUGAUGAAGGAUCAGUUCGCGAACUAUGUUGUGCAGAAAGUGCUAGAAACUUGUGAUGACCAGCAACUUGAACUAAUCCUUAAUCGUAUAAAGGUUCAUCUGAAUGCUCUUAAAAAAUACACUUACGGAAAACAUAUAGUUGCACGUGUAGAGAAGCUUGUUGCUGCUGGAGAGAGGAGGAUUAGCAUUCUGACUCCACAUCCCGCCGCUUAGGCGAUGGCGUAGGAAUCAAAGAUGAUGUACAGCUAACUGAGGAUAGUACGAGUGCCCUCUCUCUUUCUCUUCUUUCCUUAAUGUCUAGUAAAAGCUCCGCCUAUUUAUUACGUUCUGAUGGACGGAAGCUCAUUCGAAAAUAAAAUUGUUCGUUGUACCUAAAACUGUACAUUUUUUAGUUUUGAGAAUAUAUAGCUAGAGUCAGGCUAGUUGAUGAUGAGGCUCAGACGGUGUCGAACACACACACACGCACCUGAUGCCCCUUGCAGAGGAGAUAAAUUUAGUGUACAAGUUUUAAGGGUGUAAAAAGGGAGGGAGGUAGUAAAAUAUGUUAUCGUGACUGUACAAAUAUGUUACCAGGUCUAGAAAUGCCUGUUUAUGGGAGUCCUGAAUUUUUCUAUGUAUGGGAUUCGAUUUUUUUUCCCCUUAAUUUAAGAAACUUUUUCCUUUUA